AUGAAAUUGGCAGUCUUUUGAGGUAUGACAAAAGCUCUUUUGCUUUGAAACAUCCUCGAACUGGCUUCUGUUUCCACGGUGUCAAUGGCAAGUCAAGUACAAAUGAAGACGAAGAACUGACUUAUAGCACUAAAUGCAAUCAGGACAUAAACCGUUACUAUUUUCAAAAGAAUGUCAGAUUUGUGAUUCGUCAUUACACUACCAGUUUUUGUUUGGUCCACGACAAAGCUGAUAAUUUCCUAAAGCUCCAAAACACAUUCGUUUGUGACCGCUUUGAAUUCGUUAACACGAAAAACUUAAGACACGUGGCGACAGGAAAAUGUGUGGAGAGGAAGGUUGGUUCCAUUUACUUGAUUCUGUCAAAAAACUGCUCUUCCGACCAAACAAAGUAUGAACUAAAGCAGAAUCUUCUCAUUGCCAACCCAGCAAGUGGCAAGUGUGUUCAUGCUGACGGUGGGAGAAUCGUACCUGGCUUUAAAGUAUCUCUUUAUGAAUGUUGGACUGAUGACCUAUACAAGUGGAACUUUUACGAUGAUCGAGACAUCGUGAAGGUGAAAGUGAUUUCCGAAGACUGUACUGAUCUUAGUGGUUACUGUCCAAGAACGAGGGGGCAGAUCUUUGUGAAUGGUUACCAGUACAGCCAACAAUUUAGAGGAAUAAAUGUUGCUGUAUUUGAUUACCGAAGUAGCAUUCUAGAAAGGUCAGAAGGUUACGAUAUUUGGGGAGAUCCUCUUAAAAUAGAUGCCUUAGCAACCAUGCUAAACAGUUUGGCUCCUGAUAAGUUAUUCAUUUUUUGUGCCAAGGAUGCCAUAAAAAUGACUACAAGCUUAGCGAAUGAGCUACAGAAAGUUGGUGUUCCUGCAUCUGUUACUGAAAUUGUUAAAGAUGACAUAACAUCAGAGAAAAUUUCGCUAGCAGCUAUCUUUUAUACUGGAGAUACACGAAUGGAAUGGGAAUACUCGACAAGCAGCAGGGGAGGAGGGGCUUCUAUCAUAGAAACUACUUUGUACCCUUUUCGAGACUACAAAGGCUUUACCGGUUGCAGCGAAGAAAUUGGCCUCAGAAUAGGAUACAUACCAGAUAAGGGAAUUUCAGCCCAAUCUGUUUUUGAUAAUAAUCUCUCAAAAUUUGGUACGCAACAUGCGAGACUGCACAGUGCUGAAUCCUGGUGCGCAGGCCGAUCUUCAUCAGUGUCUGUAUACUUGCAAGUCGACAUAGGUAUGCUGAAAUUCAUUUCUGGGGUUGCGAUUCAAACAUCACAAUUAAGCCGUGAAAGCCUUCAUCCAGUCAAACGAUUUUAUAUUAUUUACAGCAAAGAUGGAGUCAAGUGGACUGAAUUUUCGGAAGAUGGAACUAAUCGAAAAGUCUUUUUAGGUAAUAUCAACCUCAAGAGCCAUGUAAAAGUAAACUGGUUUCUAAGAACACGGAUGCGUUUCAUUAGAAUUGUGCCAUUAGAAAGGCAAACUGACGAAAGCACUCAUUGCAUAAGAAUGGAGUUAUUUGGAUGCGACUCGGGCGAAGUUGUCUUCGAAGAAACUUUUUCUGCCUCAAGCGGAAAAGAAAUUGGGCAGCGUGUUUCAGGCAAGUUUUCAUUUCAAGCAGGUGCCCCAUUAACGCGUCAAGUAUACGUUCACGUGUCUACAUCUGAAAAUAGAACAAGUCUUGCGAAAAACAUAGAGCAGUAUCAUUUUCAGGACAUGAACCAGACAGUAAGGGCAAGCAAGAACAAUUCACUAUCGGCAAACGCAGUGAAUAUAACGUAUGUGACAGCUAACAGACUGGGAAUGAAAAGCGCAGCAAGAAUACAUUUCAACUUGCCAAAUCUUACAGAUCAUUACAUUUAUGACAUUUGGAUUCGAUGUUGGGUAGUUGACUCGAAGUUGAAUUCCAGCACUGUUUGGAAUACAUACUCGUACGAAACAAGUGAUAGAGUUUUGGCUGUAGCGCUACCAUUCGCAAUCAAACGGAGAACCCAGGAUUACUCUUUAAUCGCUCUGAAUAUCAGUACAGCUCCACAAAAUGCAAUAGCCAGUGGUGAUCGCAUUGUACUCAACAUUUCGUUGACACCUUGGAUGAACGCAGCUGAGAUAGGACACUCGAAUGCAUACGAAUUGGAUCUGUUGGUCUACUUCGAAGAAACUUUUCUUAAUCUCCGCUCUAUUGAAUUUCUUCGAUUGGAUGACGGCAGCCUUCUUCCUUCCCGAAAUACCACCUCUUUUGGCUUUAUUCGAAUAGAAACCGACACCUUUGGACCCAUAAGCAAGCAGAAUUUCCAGCUCACCUUUGACGCAAGCAUUCCUUCUUCGAUUAACAAAGACAGCAAAUGUAAUACGAAUAUCAUCUGGGAGUUCAAGUAUCGAACAAAUUUGUUGAAAUACAAUGGAGAACUGAAAAAGGUUUUAGAAAAUCUCCUCCCAUUCAACUGUCAAAUACCAAACAAGGCAAGAGCUGUGACGUCAACGAACCGUCUUUCCCUACCUACUUUGAGCAUAGUCUAUGAUGAUGUGAAUAACGACGUCAUCAUUUGCAAAAAAGAUCUUUCUUUAGCAACAUAUUAUCAGGCAAGCUGUUUCUGGCAAGGAAGCAACAAUCUCACAUGGCAAGCUAUACCAAUGAUGUAUUCCGUUGUGGGCGUUGACACAAGUAAGCGACACCUCUAUGGCAUUGACAAUGCAGGUGAAGCAUAUGUUCGUUCUAGCUAUGAUUUCAAAAGUGUCAAGUUUGUUCAGGACGACGAGUGGACAGCCAUCCAAGGUCAUGACUCUAUCAGAAAGGCCAAAAGCACAGACAACCUAGCAGCAUUACCAAUCAGUCCUACAGAUAACUGGAUACUGCCUUCUCGUGAUAAUCAAGUUCUUGCAGUAACAGCUGGAGGGGUAAAAAGAAUGUUCAGGAGUGGCUGGAAAAAAACUGUUACGUUUUGAAAGAUGGGUGUUGUUUGUACGGUUUCUCCUUCAUGCAGAAAAUGGAAGACAAGGAUAUUUAUUCCGCUAUUUUGAGAUUUUCUCAAGUACUUAAAAGUUUUUAUGCUUAAACUUAAACAAAAAACUUAAACUAAAAAACGGUGGGGGCUGUGGGGGGUGCGUAAGGUUUUGGAAAGGAGCUUUGGGGGCUGAUAAAAUUUGACAAAGUCUUCUGGUGUAAGACUGCAGUGUUCGAGUAAAACAUUCUUAGUAUUGAAACAUUUAAACAUUUUGAAAGCAAUACGCACCAUAUUUUGAAUAAAGCACAGCAAUGCGUUAUUCAAAGAUUUGGCGAAAUCAACCCAACUGACAACACGAAUGAUUAACUGUUAUAGUCGGGUGUCAGUUUAGAAUAUAAAGAUUAAGAUGGCGCUUGCAAUUUGGAAUGAUAGAAGAAAACACCAUACAAAAAUUAUACUGUUUUUGUACAAUUGAUUGUCAAGGCGAUCAUCUGCUUUUUGUUAUGAUGAAUCACUUUAACUGAAUAACAAUUCUUUUGUACAAUAAUAAUUAAAGAGCAUCAUCUUUACAUUAUUUUUACUUUUCGGAGUAAGUCAAUCUUGGUCUGCUUUCCCUGUUGCCGUAGUCGAGACUCGUAAGAGAAUACUUCAUGGGGCUUACCCUCAAAGAGAUCUACUACAGAAUAAUGAAACAUAGAGCAUAGCGGAAUAUAAUCGAACAUAGUUCAACAAGCAAUUGUCCAGCCACGGGAGUGUAACCCUACAUCCUUAUUCUUGUAUAGCCUGUUGUCACCAUUUUUAGGGUUCAACAAUAAUCAAUUCGCACAGUGUGUUGAAUCAUAUGUGUGCAGUGUAAAACUAUAUCAACCACUUGUGAGAUCUAAUGCGAAAACAGAAACAACUGAAAAUUAUUUAAAAGAGGAUCACCAUGUAAAAAGCGCAAAAAACAUUGUUAAUGUUUAAUGACAAUAAAUAUCUAGAAUAAUACAUUUAUAAGCUACGCUUAACCAGUUUGUUUUUUUCUCAUCUUUUUUUUUUGAAAAGCAUGCUGAAACCAUGACUGCCUAUCAGCCUUAGGACAAUCCAAUUUUUGGCACUUUUUUAGUAAUGAAAUGAUGUACAGCUGGUUUGGGCUACCAAAACUCCUGCUAAAACAUUUUCCAGGAUGUGCGGAGUGUCUCCAAUUCUUUGGGAAAUAUGGAAUUAUACAAGGGUAAGAACCUCGUUGAAAAAAUUUUCAAUUGGCGUGAAGUACUUUUUCAUCAAGCAUUUUAAGGCCACACCCAAAUCUUGGCGAUAUUUUUUAGAAUAUGUGCAAUGAUAAAGAAUACUUUGAGGCAAUCGACAAAUACUUGAGUGACUUAAGCCAUUUGUCAAUCAAUAUUAGCCAAUCACUUGGCAUGUAAGUGCCAUAAUCACU